UUCAGACUGUGCUGUGUCUCCUCCGUCCUCCACACAGAGGUACCGUCCUGCUCUCAGGAGCUUUGAUCUCUCAUUGAUUUACUCACAUUUAUGCUUCUGUUGCCGUUACUUUGUUUUUAUUGAAGACAGCCUUUCACCUUGUUCCUUUAUUAGAAACCAUUUUGACUUUUUUAUUUACUUAUUUAAUAUCAUACAUUUAUUGAUUUUUAAUGGAAAUAUUUCGUCAGUGUUUUUUCUCUUCUUCAGGAUCCUCCUGAUGGAGUAGUUAUUUAAAGAUGUUUUAUUUAUUCUAAGACACAGAGCUUAUGAAAACACCUUUAUGAAUGUUUAUUAUAUUCGGUCUCUAUUUUGUUGCUUAAUGGGACUUGUGAUGCAAAUUAGCUAAGUUAUGUUUACUUUAUUGAUAUCAAAUAUCAAUGAAAUAACUUGAUUACAUUUGAUAUAUUUUAUGUAUUAAACUUCACCUUUUAUCUUUUAUAAGCGUAUUUCUGUUUGCCAGUCUCUGUCCUGCAUGUUUUAGUUGUUUCCUUACUCCAACACCUGAUUGAACAGCUGGAUUACCUCAGCAUGACUCAAAUCCCAUAGAAGCCUGUUAAUCACCUUAAAUCGGGUCUGAUGGAGCAGAGACCUUUAAAACACGCGUGUCCAAAGUUCAGCCCAGGGGUCAUUUAAGGCCCUCAAAGUGAUUUUGUGAAUUAGGAUUAUUGACUUUGUUUCCGAUAGACUGUUGUAGACUGACUCUUAAAUGUUUAUGUUUAGAUUUUUACUAAAAUGCUUUUUUUUAAACCCGUUUGCAGGUGUACACAUUAAAAAUCAGCAUAGCAUAAUGUUUUGCACUUUGGAGGAGUAGUUGGAAACAGCUGGACUUUUCAUUUUGCCUCUGAUCUAAGAAGCUUCUUCAGUUGUGAAGCCUGGGUUGGGAGUGGGAGGCUUGAGGUGUGGUCUGACACAAACUUGCUCGUAGGAUCGUUUCCAUCCACUGCAGUUCAGUCCUUAAGAAGAAGACGAUGUUUUCUAUAGCGCCACUCAAGAUAAAAAUCACAAGGGGCUUCACAAAAGCAAAAAAUAUGUAUGUAUAUAAAGUAUAAAAAGAUUUGGUAGCGCUUCCUUUUAAAGUCCCCUAAUUACUAAGUACUUACAUGGUAAUUACAUAGUAAGUUAAAGGGUAUUGUUGUUUCUGAGUUCUUAAAUAGUUAUUACCAUGUGACUCAGGUUCAAUUCUAGUUUUUUUACUUUUAUUAAUCAUUCCCAGUAAAUACUGCAUUACACAAUAAUUACACUUUAUUACAAUUAUACACUUUAAUUACACAAUCACACACUUUAAAUUACUAUGUAAUUACCAUGUAAGUACUUAGUAAUUAGGAAACUGUAAAAGAAAGCAUUACCAAAGAUUUCAAAGAUGAGAAAAGGAGAAAAGAACAAAAGAAAAAGUGAAGAAAGGUAGAGAGAAAAUUAAUAGGAAAGAGGGAAAUCAAUGGAUCCCGGGAAAGGUGGAAUUAGAACAGAAUAAGGAGAGGGUUGUGAUGAAGGUCAUGCAAAGGCAGCUUGAACAGGUGUUUGUUCAGCUGCUUUUUAAAGGAGACCAGUGAGUCCACUUAAAAGCCACUUUCCUGCAUGUUGUAGAGCAGGAGUGUCCAAGCUUUUCAAGACGAAAGCUAAAAUCAUCAAGUUAUUAGUCCUCUCUUUAUUUUUUAAUACAAUAAACUAUACAUUCGUGUAGAAUCUCAGUUGUCCGGGGCAGGAUAACCUAGAGGGUUUAGUUGGAAACGACUGAAGUUUUGUUUUUCUUGAGGACAUUUUGCCUCAUGCCCAACAUGGAUGGCCUCAUUAUUAACAGCAAGGGCCUCACCAGUCCUAUAGGAGUUUGUUGUAACAAAAGUUAAAAACAGUCUGGGUUGAAGAAAAGGCAAACUCUGUUAAUGUUCUUGUCCAUGUUAAUAGAUCUGCAAAAAUGACCCGGUUGACUCCAGAUACUUUUUAUGUGAAAGAUUAAGUUCUGCUCCUUCAGCUGUCCUUGACUUUACGAUACUGUAAACGGACUCUCAUCAUCAUGAAAGUAUGUUCUGAUGUGACCGAGGGAACUUUGACACAGAGAGGAAGGAGGUCAGAGGACAGCUGCUGUCAGUCAUUCACUCCUCUGCUCUAAACGUUGGUCAGGAAGCACCAGGAGCAGUCAGGAGAACCGCCUUACGCUGUGGCGUCGCUCGUUGGUUCAGACAUUCUGCUAUAGGUGGACAAAAUGAAGACAGAAUAUUCUUUUGAGAAGAACCGGCCCCGGCGAUUUUCUUUUGCAGAUGAUGCUAUUAGAUGGAAAACCGGAUCGGAAGUCUCCAGUCUAGAGCAGACUGAAGCAGCCGCCAAUAAUGAUGUGGCCUACCCCUCUCUUUUUGGGAAGUACCAUGAAAGCCUGCAGACACUCAAACCCAUCCGCUUGUCUUCAUCCCAAUCACACCCUGUGGACAAUGCCGGCUUCCUGUCCUUUGCAACUUUUGCCUGGAUGACCCCGAUGAUGUGGGCCAUCUUCAGGAACAAGCUGGACAUGUCCUCCCUCAGCCUGUCUGGUUUUGACAAGGCUGACACAAGUGGAGACAGGCUGCAGAGACUCUGGGAGGAGGAGAAGUCGAGGAACGGUCCAGAGAAGGCCUCGCUGAUCCGUGCCAUCUUUCUCUUUCAAAGAACCAGAUUCAUUCUGUCAGUACUUGUUGGGAUCUUCGCCAUGAUGGCAGCGUUCGUUGGCCCGGCCAUCCUGGUCUAUCAGAUCUUAAACUACAUCGAAUUCGCAGAGGAAUCCUCAGUGACCCACGGUGUUGGUUUGGCUUUCGCUCUGUUCACCACCGAGUUCUUCAAAGCUCUCUUCAUCUCUCUGCUGUGGGCUGUCAACCUGCGUACAGCAGUUAGGCUGAAAGGUGCCUUCUCUACCAUGGCCUAUCAGAAGGUCAUCUCUCUCAGGACGCUUGAUGGCAUUUCCAUGGGAGAGAUGAUAAAUGUCCUGACCAACGACGGCCACAGACUGUUUGAGGCAGUCUUGUUUGCUAGCUUCACUUUCUCUGCCCCAGUGCUCUUCGUUGUGUGCAUUGUGUAUGCCUGCUAUGUUCUCGGUUACACUGCCCUGACUGGAGUCUGCACCUACCUCAUCUUUGUCCCCAUACAGUUCUUGUUGGCCAGACUCAUUAAUAAGUUCAGAAGCAAAGCCAUGCAGAUAACAGACAGCCGUGUUCGCACAAUGAACGAGAUCCUGAACAGCAUUAAGCUCAUCAAGAUGUACGCCUGGGAGGAGUCUUUUGAAAAGAAGAUUGCAGGACUGAGAAAGCGAGAGAAGAAACAACUGCAACUUGUCAGUUAUAUCCAGAAUAUAAACACCAGUAUCACCGGCAUCAUCCCCACUAUUGCCACCGUUCUCACCUUCCUGGUGCACACUUCGCUGCGUUCACCACUCAACACAUCUGAUGCUUUCACGACCAUCGCCAUUUUCAACUCCAUGAGGUUCUGCCUUGCUCUGAUGCCUCUGUCUGCGAAGGCUCUGGCUGAAGCUGCCGUGGCAAUAACGCGACUGAGGAAACUGUUACUGGUGCAGAAUCCAGAGUCCUAUCUGAUGCAAGAGAACGGUAGCCACUCUGCUGUAGUGAUGGACAAUGCCACACUUUCCUGGACCAAACCGGAUGUCCAACCAGCAUCCCCCACCAUCCUGGAUGGUCCAGAUAAGGGACAAAAGACACACAGGGAUGCUUCACCGACCCUGAGAAACAUCUCCUUCACACUGCCUAAGGGAAACCUGCUUGGUGUCUGUGGGAACGUUGGGAGUGGAAAAUCAUCCCUCAUCUCUAGUAUUCUGGAGCAGAUGCACCUCCUUCAGGGCUCCAUCACAGCCGACGGGACAUUUGCCUACGUUUCCCAACAGGCCUGGAUUUUCCAUGGGACAGUUCAAGACAAUAUCCUGAUGGGGGAACUUUUAGAUCAGGCCAAGUACGACAGGGUUCUGGAUGUGUGUAGCCUCAGAGCUGAUCUGAAGAUGCUGCCCUGUGGGGAUCAAACAGAGAUUGGAGAGAGGGGUCUAAACUUGUCAGGAGGACAGAAGCAGAGGGUCAGCCUGGCCAGAGCGGUCUACUCCAACAAAGACAUCUUCCUCCUGGAUGAUCCUCUCUCUGCUGUUGACGCUCAUGUGGGGAAACACAUUUUUGAAGAAUGCAUUAAAAAGGAGCUUCAAGGAAAAUCUGUUAUUCUUGUUUCACACCAACUCCAGUAUUUGGAGUUCUGUGAUGACAUCCUGGUUCUUGAAGAUGGAGAGGUCCUGGAGGCUGGAGAUCACCAGACACUGAUGAAGGCAGAUGGACGCUAUGCCCAGCUGAUCCGGAACUACCAAAUGGAACAAUCCAAAACUCAGAAAGAGGAGGAGGAGGUGCCACCUAAUGAUGCUGCUGAGACGAAAGAGCUCAGGCAGCGUACCGACAGCGGCAUAGAGAACCCCGCUUUUGACAUGUCAGAUGAAACGGAGGAUGGGACAACAGCCGACCAACCUCAGAAACCUGCUGCAAAGUCUGGUGAUCAGCUGGUUAGUCAGGAGUCAUCCACAGAGGGAUCCGUGUCCUGGAGAGUCUACCACCACUACUGCAAGGCAGCUGGAGGCUACAUUGUGACCUUCCUCACCAUCCUGAACAUAGUCCUGAUGAUGGGCUCCACGGCUUUCAGCAGCUGGUGGCUCAGCCACUGGCUGGAGCAGGGUGACGGGAAUUCGUCUUCAAAUGCAGGCGACGUCUCACAAAACCCAAGGCUGUACUUCUACCAAUUGAUUUAUGGAGUGAUGGUCCUUGUCAUGGUUGUACUUGCAGUGAUCAAGUGCUUCUUUUACACUCACGUCACACUGAGAGCUGCUUGCAAACUCCACAACCGCAUGUUCAGGAAGAUUCUUGCCAGUCCGAUGAGCUUCUUUGACACAACACCAACAGGACGCAUUCUUAACCGCUUUGCCAAAGAUCAGGAAGAAGUGGACACUGUGCUCCCUCUCCACAUGGACCCUUUCUUGCAGUUUUGUCUUCUCGUCACCUUCACUAUUAUCAUCAUCUCCUCUGUCUUUCCUGCGAUGUUGGUAGCUGUUAUUAUUAUGGGAGCCUUGUUUGCCCUCAUCCUCUUUGUAUUUCAGAAAAGCAUCCGUCAGAUGAAGAAGAUGGAGAACAUCAGUCGUUCUCCAUGCAUCUCCCUCACCACCUCCACCCUGCAGGGCCUCAGCACCAUCCAUGCCUACAACAUCAGAGACAACCACAUAAAGCUGUUUAAGUCUCUGAACGAUAUCAACUCCAACCACUAUUUGCUGUUCCAUGCUGGAACACGCUGGCUCUCCUUCUGGUUGGACUUCAUGGCUGCUACCAUUACGUUGAUGGUGGCUCUGUUUGUGGUACUCAGCAGUAAUGAGCUCAUCAACUCGGCCUUGAAGGGGCUGGCCAUAUCUUACACCAUACAGCUGACAGGCUUGCUCCAGUAUGUAGUCAGACAGUCAACGGAGGUGGAGGCACGGUUCAACUCAGUGGAACGACUGCUGGAGUACAUCACGAGCUGCAAGUCUGAGGCCCCCAGGCAUGUGAAGGAGGCUCAGAUCCCACAGGGCUGGCCCAAACAUGGAGCCAUCACCUUCCAGGACUACAAGAUGAGAUACAGAGAGAACACACCCAUCGUCCUGAACGGGCUCCACUUCCCGAUACGGGCUGGAGAGAAACUCGGCAUUGUGGGAAGAACUGGAUCUGGAAAGUCCUCUUUGGGUGUAGCUCUGUUCAGACUGGUAGAGCCCACAGCAGGAACCAUCCUUAUAGACGGAGUGAACAUUAUGGACAUCGGCCUACAGGACCUACGCAGUAAGCUGUCCAUCAUCCCCCAGGACCCCGUGCUGUUUACUGGCACCGUCAGGUACAACCUAGAUCCCUUUGAUAAUUACUCUGAUGAGGAGAUCUGGACGGUUCUGCAGAAGACCUACAUGAAGGAGUCGAUCUCCAGGCUGGAGGGGAAGCUGCAGGCUGGAGUUUUGGAGAAUGGGGAAAACUUCUCGGUUGGCGAGAGACAACUAAUAUGUAUGGCUAGAGCACUGCUUCGUAACUCCAAGAUUAUUCUGCUGGAUGAGGCCACGGCCUCCAUCGAUGCAGAGACAGACGCUCUGAUCCAGAACACUAUCAAAGAAGCCUUCCACGACUGCACCAUGCUCACCAUCGCACAUCGAAUCAACACUGUGAUGCACACAGAUCGUAUUCUAGUCAUGGAAAAUGGAAAGGCAGCAGAACUGGACCCUCCAGAAGAACUGACUCAAAGACCAGAUUCUCUCUUCUCCUCACUCCUCACGGCUGCUAACACUUUAAAUACAUAACAGCACUAAGCAGCAAUCCUCACUGUAACACCAUGACUGUUCUGUUGACCAGAUGACUACGUUAAUCAUGACAGUAACUAGAUUUGUUAUUGAAACAAAAGAAACGACCAUUUUAGUUGUAGUUUUUUAUUGUAAACUGUAUAUAUAUUAGUGUUUUUGUAUCACAAGUGUACUGGAAAAAACUAUGCUUGAAUUAUUGUUCAUCUGUGGUCUGUUAUGUAUUUUUAAAACAUAUUUAUUUACAUACUGUGACAUUAACUUGGUUAUAAUGUUGGUUAAAUGUGCCACGGGCCCCAUAUUAGUGCAUCAAAUGACAUAAUGACCAUGCAAAAAAUAAAUUCUGUGUGAAGUCAA